AUGGGACAACAAACGAGUUUGGUUUUGAAAGCAGGUGUCACUACUACCUUGAAUGCAAGAGCCUCAAUCUUAGCAGCAGCCAAUCCACUCCAUGUCAAUUUGAUGUUUUUGAUACUAGAUAAACCUAAACGAGAAGAUGAUGAACGAUUAGCCCAGCAUGUGACUUAUAAAUAUGAAGGUCUUGAUGUUUGGGCUCGUGAAAGGAAUGACACUGAAUUGCGGUUUUUAGAUAAUGGACAUGAUUGA